CUUCGAUCGAGUCAAAGUGUAAACAAUGAUUUUGAAACUAGUUGUUCUAGAUCACGACUGUGAUUGGCUGCUUCCAGGAAAAGGCUGCGUGGAAAAACAUUAAGUGUUCACGCGUUAGAAGCAACUGCAUGGUGAUUUGCAAACCUUGUGACAGGUUGCAUUAAAAGAGGAAAAUCAAGUGAGCUACUUCAGUAUUAUCAUUAAUGCUUCAGCAGCCGAGAUGGAGCUAAGCACUUCAGGUCGUCACGAUCAAACGGCUACCCAAAUCCAAAUCAGACGGAGAGUCUAUGAUGAAUAUCUUCUUAAGACAGUUGACACGGCAAGGGAUGGAGGUUUGAAACACCAACUACACACUCUAUACACAAGACUCUCUUCGUGUUCUUGUUCUUGGCAUGUAGUUUCGCGUUUCCUCGUCAGCCUCGCCCCGAUUUUUCAAUGGCUACCAAAGUACAGCAUAAAAGAGAAUCUGGUGAAAGAUUUGAGCGGUGGGCUAACAGUUGGAAUAAUGCAUAUCCCUCAAGGUGAUUAGUGUAUUGUAACACAUGAAAAGUCUUUUGCUGUGGUAAUGACAAACUUUCGAGUUUUAGUUAUUUUAGUUAUUUUUUGAAUUUCCACUGUAAGCCGGUCUUGUUUACCUUUUUUAAAUUACGUAAUUACUUAAUUAACAUUGUUCAUUUAUGAGGGCCCCACUGAGAUCCGCCAAGGCGAGUUGGGCUCCCUCUUUAAAUAUGAUGAUUAUUAUUAUUAUAAUAACUAUAGUAUAAAUGACUCGUGGGUUCAAACCUUUCUCUGAAUUAUAACUGUGUACAUCUAGUAUUUCCUAAAUCUUUGCGCCUACGUCGCUCACCAUCAAACUUUCAUCCCGUGGUUCUCAUAAGUUCUGAAUUUGGCCAAUGUCGUACGAAUGUAUGGGAAAGCGAUAUUGCAAACCAUUCAGUUCGAAAUCACCAUUGUCGCCUCCGAAAUAGUCCAGAAUUCUCUAACUAAUCGCCUUCAACACUCUGCAAAUAAAUAUUAGCAAUGAAUUUUUGUUUUUUUGUUUUGUUUUGUUUUGUUUUUUUUUUUUUUUUUUUUGGGGGGGGUAUCGCAAGUCUCAAAGUUCAGUUUAAUGAAAAAGACUACUGAAAUGUAUUCGAUUACUUUUUUCAUGUUCCAGAUAGUUUGCUGCUAAAGAUUAAAGUCCAGAAAUUAUAACAAAGCAGUUGUUAGUAUGACGAUCAUGAUAAGUUACUUAAAAAAAAAAAAAAAGAUAAAAGGGCUUGAGAGGCGUGUUAAGGCACAUGACACAGACUGGCAAAAUUUGCACGAGAUUUAAGCCGGCCAUGUGCACAAUAUAUCGGACAGCUUUUGCGCCGGCGCGAAAACUAUACCGGAUAUCAGGGCUUCUGUUUCGUACAUACGGACGGUGAUUCAAGCCAUUUCUGUAACGAAGCGAAGCUGCACCAGGCCAAUCUCUAAAGUGGAGAGUCACAUAUCGGAUAGGUGUUCAUACUAUACCCAAUAGUAUCAAAAUAGCCUAAGAGGAAAGAGUCCUUGUUUUAGAGAGAUUUUACCCAGGCCAAACGAAAACAGAACGUUACAGUGCACGAUCGAAGCUAAAGUUGAAAAUGAGUCAGUGCUAUACUCCGAUCUUUCUAUGAAAACUACACGGUCUACACGGGUUUUAUAGCAAAAUUCAAUGAGUAGAAACAAGUAAAAGUAGUCAGAUGUUUGUGUGUCGUUGAGUUUGUUUAUCGGUCACGUGGUGCCUGAAGGAAAAAUAAUGAUAGUCACGCGAUUUUUUAAGGAGAAACGGCUACAGACUAUCAAGGGCUCAAGGCUAAGAGAACUAUGGUUUUUCUUUGGGAAAAAGGAAAUUUCGUUUUAUUUUGUCCGGUAGUAUAAGCUUAACUAUUGUAUUUCGUUUAGCUUUCAACAGGGUUUGUCUGGCUAUUUUUUCUUUAAAUCUUAUUGAGUAUACUGAACACCCGCGAAUAAGAACCUAGUGGAUUAAGAACCUCCUGGCAGAAAUUUGCCACUUAAAUACCCAAUAAUACAAGAAACUGAUUAACCAAGCAAGAUCAAGCAGGUUCUUAUAUGUAGGUUACAGUUAAUUUAUCAUGAAUAAUUUAACCAAGGAGUGUUACUUUGAGAUUGUAUACUCAGACUAUUUGGAUAUAGAGUGAAUCUUUCAACGCUAAGAAGUCUUUUUUUAAUCUCCUUGUAAGAACCAAUAAAGUAGUUGUUAAGGAGAAACAAAAAGCAAACUGCGGUGAUAAGCCUGGUUUUCACUAGCGCAUAAGCAUACGGACAUACGCACGCGCAGAAUGGCAUAUUUGACUCUGUUCUCGAUACAAGCUCUCCUCAACCCAAUGAUAAACAAGAUGGCGGACGAAGCGUCGGCCAUAUUGUAUUUGAUAUGUUGGCAUGAGGUCUGGGUCAAAGUGACCUAUGAUUGGUCCACGGCCUUGUUUUAUGGCGACCCAGGUUUCACUAGUCAAAGCUACAAGCAUAAGCACAAGCACAAGCGCAAACUUGUCCGUUUUUCUUGUGCCUAUGCUUAUGCUUAUGUCGACCAAGUUUUCAGUUGCUUACAUAUGUGCUUAACCUUAAGCUUAUGCGCUAGUAAAAACCAGGCUGAUCUUCGAGUUAUUUUCCAAAGCACGCAUCGUAUUAAGUCUCUUUUUCCCUACAAAGACAGGCUCACCCGUGCUCAAAUGUCCAGGGUUGUUUAUAAAGCUAGUUGUUGAUACUGGCAGGAUUUCUACAUAGGCAUAUGUCAUCUAUCGUGUCUUUAAUUAGUUAUUUAUUCUACAUUCAAACUUCUGUUAUUAUUCAACGGUUAAUUACUUCUGAAGAUGUAUGUUGCAACAUACGAAACGUGAAGAUAAAGUUUUAGUUCUUUCCGGAAAUGCGUUAACAUUUUCUUAUAUUUAUCACCGCAGUUUGCUUUUUGUUUCUUCCUAAGCUAAGAUAGCCAAAAACCAGUGUAUCUACGAUUAAGGUAGUCGUUAUACUGAAUAAUCUUUGUUUUUUAAGGUCUGGCUUUUGCAAUGUUGGCAUCUCUUCCUCCUGUUACUGGACUUUACACCGCAAUCAUUCCUGUCCUACUUUACAUGAUCAUGGGAACAUCAAGAACUCUGUCCGUAGGUAAGUUACCUAAAUAGACCCAAAAGACCUAUUGUUAAUGACCUUUGUGCAGUUUGUACAAAUGUAAGUGGGUACCCUGUGCACCAUCUCUUGAGUGCAGAAGUCAAAUUUUAAGGAAAAUUAGAUUUAGAGUUAUAAUAUCAUUCAUUAAUAAGCCUCUUGUUUUCUUUUGCCGUCACGUGACAGGUAGUUUUGCAGUGAUUUGUCUGAUGGUGGCACAGGUCUGUGAGCGUGAAGUGGCUUUAAUGUCAUUUGACCCUACUCCUACUCCAGGAAAUAGUACGGGUCCCAGUCCCUCUCCAACUCCCAGCAGCAGCUUAUGGACCCCAAAGGACGCAGCCAAACUAGAAAUUGCCAUAACCCUGUCGUUCCUUAUAGGAAUCAUACAGGUUAGUAGCGCGAUUCUACAGUAGAAUGAGGAAAAAAGGAAGACCGGAUAGUCUGAAAUGUCAGUCACAAAAAAACCGUAAAUCGAAUGCGAUUGAGUCUACCGGCAUUGACAAAACAAAAACUAUUCUCCGAGGUUAGAAAAAAGGCCUUGAGGAGAGAUUUGCCUCAAUUUGAAAUUUAAAAAAUCUAUCUUAUCAUAACAUAACUCCGUAUCACAGUGUCCAAUCUCGUUCCCAAAGACUGGGAUCCUUUUGGUCAGCACUAACAGUUCCGCUGGACACGGCUAACGAAGGCUCUGGCCCAGGUCAUUUUUUCCCACAACACUCGACUACCUUGCGCCCUCACCUAGCAUUGUGCACGCUAGUCAGAACAAGGCUGGAGAGGGGGGGUGGGGAGGUUUGCCCUAAGAAUCUCCCUUAGACAUUCCCUUGUUUAAAACACUGCGUUAAUUUCAAACCCUCUUGCGGACGAAGCAAGACUUCUUCUUCCUCCUUUGAAUCCUUGGAAGAAAAGAAGAGACCUCUUCACGCAGGGUUGAUUUUCCAGUUGGUUUUCUACCUUAGAUUGUCAUGGGAGCCGUUCACCUGGGUGUUGUGGCAACGUACUUGUCCGAUCCUUUGAUCAGCGGUUUCACCACAGGGUCAGCGGUGUUGGUUGUAAUUAGCCAAAUGAAGCACAUUCUUGGUGUCAAGGUGCCGCAGUUUGCAAAACCAUUCGUUGCACCAAAGGUGAGACUAGAAGUCGUUCUGACUCUUCUGACGAGAGACCAGAAACUAGACGCAUUUUUAGUAAAAAGAUUUAUAACAAGUAUGAUUCGAAGAGGACCAACCACUACGCUUGAGCUAAACAAGCCUCCACUGUUUUAAUAAAUUAAUUUUUAAAAGUUGGAUGCAUUUUCCAAAAAAGCUAUAGCUUGCAAAACUACCAUUUCGUUUUAGCUUUCGUAUUUAAAUUUGUCAGUCCCACUGAGGUUUAAAAACAAUAGCCCUAAUUUGCACAAUAAACAACAAACUGAAGGAUUCUGAGAGCUGUAGUAAAAUAACGUCAUCGUAAAAUUGUCCUUUAGCAGCCAGAGGCUACAGAUGAAGGUUGGUUCCUAACAAUACGGCGAGCAGUGACGUCAUUAAAAUUCAAAAUGGUGCGCGCAUGACGCGAACUACAGAUACGAUUUCACUCUAACAUCAGUGCAGUCUUUGCCCUGAUUUCUGCUGACUUCAAUAAAUGUUUGACUUUAACUUUUCUUGUCUUUCAGGGCGUCAUCCAUAUGCUUAAGAAUCUCCCUCAUGCGAAUGUUGGUUCCAUCAUAACCGGCGUGUUGUGUCUCGCAGUGUUAAUUGGGCUAAAACACGUGAACGAACGUUUCAAAAACAAGCUCAAAGUUCCUAUACCAGGCGAACUGCUUGUGGUCAGUGUUAAUCUCCCAUAAUCUCUUCAAAAGUUAAAGUUUCAUCUUUAAAUGACUUUAGAAUGUCACAUUUGAGUAUUGAUUGAGGGUCCGAGUGGUGGGUCCACAUGUUGGUUGUCGGUAGCCGGUUAAAAUAUUUUUCAAAUAUUUUUCACCUGUUGCCUCUGGUCGGUUAACCUUAUUCAGAUCCUCUUGAUCACCAUUCUUGAAGGAAUGCCCUUUUUCGCUUUGCCGAAUUUCAUUGCAGUUUUUAGUUUUAGUCCUGAAUUUUUUUAUUGAUUUAAUUUGCCUGACUGACGAUUCUCCCUUCCUGUCACACACCCGUCAUUCGUAACACAAGAACAAAGUUAUGUUGUGAGAGCGACAAUCGAUGAAAUGCGAAACGACUGUGCUUGUUGAACGAAACAACUACACUGCAACCCCCAUUAAGCGGCCACCCUCUGUUAAGCGGCCAGUAAUCAAAGUCCCGAAAUUAUUGUAGAAAAGAAUAGGAACUUAAGUUUAGCUUCAUUUCAAGAAUAUGAUGAAGGAAAAAAAAGUCUGAGGUAGAAAGUGACAACCAAUUGUGGACCAGUAAUGCUUCUUUCGUCGCGCUUUUGUCUGAAAAUAAAGUGACGUUUCUACUAAAGAUUAUAGGCAGAUAUUGUUUUCUGAAGGUUGUCGAAAAAGGUCUUUUAUUUCUCUUUUGCUUCCUUCCCUAGGUGGUCGUGGGCACCGCAAUCUCAUAUGGAGCAGCAAUCAACAAAAACUUCGGAGUGUCUAUCUUAGGAUUUAUACCAAAGGGGUAAGCCAUACAUAAAUCAUCAACAACAGCACAAUUUUUUUCCAAAAUCAACUUGCAAAAAAACGUCCGUUUCACAGCUGACCAAAAACUGUAUCUAAAUUUAGAAAAAGACAUUUUCCAGGGCAAUGACGCAAUAUUUAUUAUUGGAAUACCGUUCAAAUCAAAUUUUGUUUAGAUGGCUGGCAAACAUUUUCAGCAUGUUUGAGUACAUGUACUUUCAUUUUGAGUGGUCAAUGUGUCUGCUACACCUUUUCAGUUCAUGUUACAAUUAAUGGCAUCAAACAGACGCCGGAUUACUAGUAAAGAAAUUACAGUCACUAUUUAAACGAAAAAGGUUGCCAUAGCGACAAUAGUAAAAUUUAAUUAAAUAACUCACGAAAGGGUUCGGUGGCUCUCAUUUUUAAUGGGAACGUUUUGUUCAGCAUAUCCAAAAUCAACUUAUAAAAAGUUCAAAAAAUCGUAAGGAGCGGGUUCAGAGCACCCUUAACGUUUUCUUUUUUCCCAAAAAAUUCAGCGAUUGUGCAAGAAGCAAGCGCGGGGAAUAUCGCCUCUUGCGCGAAGAAGCGAACCUGACAUACUCAUAGCCUAAAAGUAUCUUUUUUUUCUUAAUUUCAGUCUUCCCCCGCUGAGCGUGCCUAAUUUCUCUCUGGUGUCUAACAUCUUCUCAGAUGCCUUUGUCAUUGCAGUGGUUAUCUUUGCUACAAACAUUUCGAUUUCUAAAAUGUUUGCCAAGAAACAUGGCUAUUUAGUGGACCCAAAUCAGGUAAAUAUAGUAAGCCACCGUACACUUCUAUCCAAGCCAUUAAUUUUCUCUUUUCCUUCUUCUUCUUCUUUAUUGGUGUAUUCCUACCUUACUGUAUAUAAUGUAAAUAUUUUAUAGAAGUGUGGAUAAAAUUGAAUUGAAUUCUCGGUAGUCCCGAGUUCAAAUGCUUGUCCACGCUUGUAAAUAACCAACUGGUUUGCCUCCGGCCAGUUGUGAUUCUUAACCCUAUUAUGCUCGAUUUAAAUUACUUGUUUCAGUCAUUUGCUCGGCCCAACUAGCAUUAGUGCUAUAAAUACUGCCGAGGGUAAAUAACGGAAAUUAUUUUUUUUUAUUAUUAUGUCCUAAUAUGAUUUUUUGAUAACUGUUACUGCAAAAGAAGUCUUUUACUAAAUGUCAGCUGUAUUUUGUACAGUUUUAAGAUAUUUAGGGUAGAGAACGUGAGCCGAAUUUGUUUCUUAGGGCGCUGUUAGAAAAGUCAGAAUCGGCCGAUCAAGAAAAUGAAAUGGGCUUAGUCUUUCGAGAGUCAGAUAGAGUCAGUUCGUUAAAAACCCAUCCGGCUGAAGUGCAUUCUACUUAGCCUGGAUAAACUGAUCUGGCUGGACUGACUGAUUAAUAGUCGUAGACUUCCCUUUAACACUGGACUGGUCUUGCAGACCAGUUCUGACAAAUGGUAAGCGCAUCAUUAUCGGUGCGCUUGGACACGCUCACUCCAUAUUAACGCCGAAGGCCGUGCUUAUUUACAGGGCUAAUGAAAUCCAUUUUUAAAAGUUCUCUUAUAUCUACGCCAUAUCGACUUGUUUCCUUCCAGGAGCUGAUAGCAUAUGGUGCUGGUAACUUCGUCGGCUCAUUCUUUUCUUGUUUUCCGAUUUGCAACGCUUUGGCGAGGUCAGUGGUUGAAGAUAACCUCGCUGUCACACAGGUAACUUUUUUUUAUUGACCACAAAAUAACAACAUCUAUAUACAGCAUAUAAUAAAAAUAAAUAAAUAACAAAACUAACUACAGCCUUUACACGAAGUUUACAAGAAGCUCAUACACAAAAAAUUUAUAUUUGAACAGAUAAAGUAAAUUUUAAAAAAGUAUUAGAGAAUAAAAGCCUGUCAGUCGCCACGCAUAUUUAAUAUUGCUUGCCACAAUUUUCAAAGCGAUAUUGGUCAAAAAGCUUACGUAAAGUCACUCAGGUAACGUUAAUACCGGCCACAAAGGAUUGCUGCUUUUGAUCCAAACAUUGCCAACAUUAUAAUAUUGCACUAGCUUAGUUUAUCCUUGAAUAGCGAAAACUUGACCGCUACCGAGCAGGCAAUGACCGAUACGGCACAGAAAAACGCACCGCCUACUCUAUGUAAGUGCAACAAAGUUUUUAAAUGCUUACAGGCGCAGGUUGGUUCUGGUUGUAGAUGUUCUAAAGGUUUACCUUCAAUACGUUAAGAAACAAAUUGAUGGAGCACAGCUAGUUAAUGAAUAACACUUACUCACUGAGGUGGAUGUUUGCUCUGUAAACGAAAGCUUUUUCACCGGUUUCAUCGAUAAACUCAGGUUAAACAGACAAGCUCUACCUGUGAAAACUGUCAAACCGAAUUUCGUCGCCUUCUUCGUGAUUCCUCUUCGUUUAUUUGUGAAAUGUCUUCGUUUAUUACGGUAGCAAAUAGGAGGUGAAUAGCGAUGGAUAUCCCGAGUUUGAGAAGCCAAUCACGGAGCGCGAAAAACAUGCACUAUCCACUGUUUUAGUAUAUACUUAAGGUAGUUAUUACAUAUUCUAUUCCACAGCUUUGCAGUAUAGUUGUCAUCGUCCUGAUUCUUCUGGUGCUGCUGUUUAUUGCCCCGCUUUUCUUCCAUCUUCCCAAGGUAACGAAGGACUAAGUUCAUUUGCCAUCACCCUUUAGCGCCGGUUUAUCAGUGUGUUUUUAUACAGUUAUUGUAUCCUUUAUCCUGUUUCAGGCCAUCCUAGCUGCUGUUGUCAUCGCCAACCUUGUUGGUCUGUUGAAGCAAUUUUCCAGAUUUCCAGUUUUGUGGAGAAUAGAUAAACCAGACGCGGUGAGAUUUGGCUCACUAAAAAAUAAUCAUUACGAAACAAUGCCAGUGUAUCCAAGGAUAUCUAAGCAUUUGUAGUUAUUUGAGAAAGUGCAUCUUGUUGGAAGGCAGGAACCCUUUAGCAGGAUCGUGCAACUCCCCGCCAUACUUAGCUUAUACAAGGGCAUUUUCACAGAUCAGUUUAUUUUUAGCAACAUUGGGAGCGCCAACUACGCUUUCAAUACUUUUAAAGAACGCUCCAGGGAUAUGUUCAAAGUAAACUCGCAGUUCCCUUAAAUACGCGUGGGAACGCCCCAUGUAUCGUUAACAUAAAUACAUAGUGCAUUGUUGUAAGCUUUCUAGAAAUAAUAAUAAUAACAAUCUUUUAAUAGGAUGCUCCAUCACAAGAGUGGUUUACAUAGAGGUCCUAAUUACGAGAUGUAUAUUAUAUAAUACAAUUAAAAUAUAAAAAGGAUAGAUAGAAUAUCAAGAGUAAGCUGAUGAGUGCCUUUAAAACCAGAGGCCAAAAAUAGUAUCUCAUAGAAAUCACCAACCGACAUUAAUAGUGAGCUCACAGUACGCCGAGAGCACGCUCCACAUACGAGCUCACUAUUAAUUUCGGUUGGUGCUUUCUAUGAGAUGCUUACUAAAACACCUUUAACAUAUAAGUACUCUUCUGGCUGUACUAUGGUGUGCUAGGUGAUUAUUUCAACAUAGUACGUGGAUUCAAAGAUGCAGUGAAAUAGUAUUGCAGGGAGUUCAUAAAUUUCGCAGCCCAUCUAUUCAAACAAAUGCCUGACGAUUUCUUUAUUUUCAGAUUGUCUGGUUCGUUUCUUGUUUUGGAGUCAUAUUGAUGGGAGUGGAUGUAGGACUUGGUAUAGGGCUCAUUUGUGCAUUGUUUGUUGUUGUUGUAGUGCUUUCCAGGUAAGUAAACAAACGGACAAGAAAUUAGUAAGUCAAUUGAACAAAGCGAAAGAAUUAACUAUCUAUCAGAUCCGUCAGAAUGCGAGAAACCUGUCCCUUAGCUCUGUGAGUCUUCCUGUCUCGCCAUUAGUCAGUCCGACGGUGCCUGCAUUAUAAUGACUGUCUCUUUUGUCAGACCGAGUCCGUAAACCAGUCAGUCAGUCCUACCAUCAAUAAACCAGUUGGUCUAAUACUUGUUACAGACUGCCUUAGUUCCGCGGUUCUCGUUCUUUUCCCUUCCCUUCUUCCUCGCGCGCUCGAGAUCCCCGCCUUGUCCUUCCCUUUUGACCGCCUACCACGCAAGUGAGUUUUGAUUGGCUACCCGAGCAGACAAGAUGGAUCUAUCUUGCCUGCUUUGUCCCCUUCUUUUGCCCAUUUAGUAAAUCCUUAAUUGACCAAUUUUUCAUGGUCAAGAUAUCCGGAAAUUGGCCUUCUCCUUUUUACAUACUUAUGGGCCAUAAGAAGUUGAAGGCUGUAAAAACGCAAAAAAAAAAAAAGAAAACGCUCACGCUUGUCAAAUAACAUAUUUUGUUGUUCUCAGGUCGAACUAUGCUAUACUGGGACGUGUGACAGAAACAGAACUGUACCGUGAUACUGGAAACUGUCCUUUGGUACGUCUGUUAAGAUAAAAACGAUCCUUACCUACCCCCUGGUUAUUACUUUGUUAGUGUUGUUCCCUACACUUUAUAACAAUAGAAGAGACGGUAAAUAGUAAAUGUAAAUCAGUUUUAAGUUGUAAGUGUAGGCAUAUUCUUUAAAAAGCUCGUUCAGUCCGGAGGGCGUAUCUUAAUGAUGUUGUUUUUCUCUGAAGGCCACGGAGGUAUCUGGAAUAAAGGUGCUUAGAUUUGAGUCCACGUUGUACUUCGGUAAUGUGGAGCGCUUCAGGAAUGCCCUUUAUACGGUUACCGGACUGGAUCCCAACACUGAAGGACAACCAAAAAUAGAGGUAAGACUGCCAGCGGGCUACUUAAAUUUUAAUACAGCAUACCGUAAAUGAUCCAGUUGAAGUCCCCUCUCAAAUAAACUCCUCUUGUCUACUUGUAAUAAGCGCCUCCCCUACUAUGUGAAGUUGGUAUUAGACCAGCUCCUCUCUGAGAAACGCCCCCUGUCAAGAGAGAAGCUCAUUCUCUCUUGCCCCUGUCUAAUAAACGCCCCCUUCCCCCAUGAAAAUUACUACAAAAUACUGGGAAAUACAAAAAGGAGAAAAAUCGUUGGAUUUAUUCAGUCUCUUACUUUAACAAGGGUUUGUGUAUUGCAUCUUGUGUAUUGUAGCUUUAAUGUUUAGGUGUAUUAACGAUAACAACACAAUGACACUGAAACGAUAUGAAGGCGAUUUGAUAUUUAAAUAAUAUUAUUGGAUGGAUAUUCUACUAUUUAUUAUUAUUAUUAUUAUCUUGUUCUAUUUCAAGUUUAAUGUAAUUAGGAUAGGCUGCCGAUGACAACACAAUGAACCUGAACGACCAUUCUGAAAUCGGAGCUGAGAUAUGACUGAUAAUCGGUGGACUAGAUAUUUUGCUAUUUGUUAACCCUUUUAAUAUUUUCGCUGAAAGAACGCUAUUCACAGUUUAUCCGCCCUGGUUAUAAUAAUAAGCGCCCCUCCGCUCGCUCUAAUUGCUCACCCAGCCUGUUGUUUGUUUGUUUAUUUUUUUAACUGGUGAAAAAUUUAUAGAAAACGUGCCAGAAAACUUUUCUCCGCUUUCUUAUCAAUACCGCGUGGGUUUAUUGCUCUCCCAUUAAACCAUGACGAAAAGUUAUGUAUAUUGCUUGACUGGUCCGUGAUUGUUUUAUAAACAGAAAAUAAACGACAACAACGGCCAUAUGGCAGUCGAGGUCGAGACGUCAGAGAAACGAAUUCACACAGUUAUAAUUGAUGGUAGCAGCUUCACCUUCAUUGAUUCAAUGGCUUUGCACGCGAUUCCGUCGGUGAGUAUAUCUUUGCAUCUGAAGAGUGCAGCUUGUCUUUCUUCCAGUCCACGUUCAAAAACCCUUUUGUAGUCGCGUUGCUGGCGGGAAUUCGCGCGCGAGAGCUUUGCUUCGAACACGGGUAGUUACCGGUGGACUUCAAGUCGCCGAUGUCGGAAAAUUCCCUCGCAAGGCGCUUGCACGGGCGAAAAAAACUUCCACCCGGAGUCCCUGGCUCCCGCUUUGUACCAUACACAAGGUGAUAUCGUAUUUGGGAUCAUUAAAAUUUUGGCCAUUGGUUUUUAAUUACCCCCUUUUAUUGUGUAGUGCCUCUUUUUUAAAUCAUCCCUUUCAGUCGACACCUUAGUCCGUCUAAUAGCUUUUGUUGAUGUCCUGUACAAUAAAGUAACCUCUACCCUCUCUUCUGUUUCAGCUAAUGUCCGAGUUUAAAAAACUUGGAGUUGAUAUUUACCUGGCUGGCUGUUCCUGUAAGUACUUGUUAUAAAUUUCUCAGGCACAUCAUUUGAAUUAAAACCAAAAUUAAUACAUGCGGCCAGUGUCAAUCUCGCCGAGAAACUCAGUAGAAGUGAAGGAGGCCAUGUUUAAAGCUAAUACUUUGUUGCUGCCACUUGAUAUUCAGAAAGACUUUCCACUAGGUAGUGCAAUUGGCUUUCGGCCUGACCCUUAUCAGCUGAAUAGCGCUAUCCAGGUUUCACUCUUGAAUAAACGUGGAGUUUUUGAUGACGUACGAAAUGCAUGGCUUAGAAUCUCUAAGCAAACUUUGUGAUCUCCCGCGUGUUACAACCCCCUUUAAACUGUAAAUAAGGUCUUUUCGGUAUCUACGUCAUCGCUUUAUUUAUUUUCUCUUUUGUAAUUUAUUUUUAUUGCUUUGUUGCAGCGACUCUAACCAGAAAACUCACAAAUUCAUCUGAGAAGUCUGCGAUUACAGCAGUUGAUCAUCACGCACUGUUCCCAUCUAUACACGACGCUGUGAUGUCAGCCAUGCAGUCACGUUAAUGCUGUGCAACAUCGUUCCCAGGGCCGCCAGGAUCGCUUUCCUUUGUACUUUACAAAAAAAGGAGAGUUCCUGGGAAUGAGCGUUAUUUUACAGCACUCAGUUUAUUAAGGGAGCGCUCGUAGUUCAUUGGGAUAGCACGCUAUGGCGAUUUUGCAGUUUGAAAGAAUAUUACAUGGGUGCCCCUCACUCAAACCAACGAUACUUUUCUGUACAAAUUAAAAUGAUAUAGCAUAAUGUGCGUCUUUUCGAAAAAAUUUCAGUAGAUUUUCCUACCCUUUCAUACACUUUAACUCAUGCCGAAUUCCCUACCCUUUGAUUUACCUUAAGCCUGAAAAAGGUACCCCUUUCGGGCGGAGCCUCCCCGUAUAAGUCAUUAUAGGAGGUGCCCCCCGGGGGGUUUAGCCUCCCGAGCAGACGCUUCUGCCGAACGGAAUGCAUGGCGAAGCCCUAAGAACGUCUUUUUAGAAGGCUAUCUAAGGUUUAUGUUAUUGUUUGUCUGUUUUUUUGUUUUUUUUUUUUUUUUCAUCCGAAGGCAUUUAAAGGUUUUCAAAGAGGCAACGACACUUUCUUACUUCGCCAUUGUAUUUUGAGUGUUUUUCUUUAUUUGAAUGUACUAAGAGGGCAUCACUAUAUGAAUUUAGGAAGGUUAAGCCCCUGGUGAACCCAUUCCUAUCAGAAAGCUUUUUAAUAUAUUGUAACUUAAAUAGGAAGUACCGUGUGUAAUGUAUUGAGAUAUUUCUACCGGAAGUCUGGAUAUUUUGAGCUUGAUUUGAAUCAUGGGAUAUUGUAGAGCAUGCUUGCCGAUUAUCAUGGAGUUUUGAUUAAAGUUUGAUACGCUUGAUUUCGUGUCUCAAGUGCCAUCCUUGAAUGUGGAUCGAUCAUUACACCUUGAAGUUUCUUCCACUUUUUCGUGUAAAUUAUGCUGGAAGUAUGAGUUGUGAUAGCACAAUUUUUGGCAAAAUUUAUCCUUGCCAUAAUGAUUUUCAUCAUUUUCCCGAAAAAAGCGCUUUUGACAUAUUUUGUAUUUUUGGCUCGUUUUGUAUUGCGAAAUAGGUCAUUUAUUGAUCGAUGCCACCAUUAUUUUGGCACGAGAUCAGCAUAAUUUACCCGGAAGUAUGUAAUGAAGUAUGUGUAAUUUAACCUCCUGUUUCUAAUAUUAAAUUUGUUGACUUCAGGUAUAUUUGUAGUGUCUGACAGAAAUGUUUCGUUGUUAUUUUCUGCAUUGUACGUGCUAAUAUCAGCAAUUUCGAAAAAAGCUAGCAUAUCAGGUUUUGCCAUAAUUAAUGCUCAUAACUUUCUGAAAUGAUUUCAGAAAAUUCUGAUGAGCACUGCUAGUAUAGUGGCAUAUUAUGCUCCUUUACGAGCACAAUUUAAUGAAGCUUAGCUAUGUGGAUAAACUCUUUGAUCCACAAAAUGGCCUGUGAACAACAUAUACUUGUAAUGAAACAAUAGAGUUUAUGGUAGCGGGCCCAAAACAUAUUUAUGCCCAAGAAUAGAUUUAUGCCAAAGAACAUAGACUCUAUAACUAUUAUUAUCACUUUGUAGGCCGGUGGGAAAAUAAAGACUUCUC